AGCAAAUAAGAUGGAGAAAGUUGAUGACAGACCACCAAAAGGGAAACAGAGAAAAUCUGGAGCUUUAAAAGAUGAAGUUGCAGUUGAUCCUGAACUUACCGUCAUGUUGAUCGGAGACUCAAAGUCCAUUGAAAAAGGAGAAAGAAAUCUUUUACUUGAUCAUGACGAGCAAAAAUCAGAAAAAUCUUUUUCAUCCAAACUUUAUAAUUUUUGUGCUCGACACAUCUGUGUCUUGAACAUGCUUGAUCUUCCAAACAUUGAUUCAAUCCCAUCAAACCAAGGAGUUCAUGCUUUCAUCCUGCUGGUAGCAAACGGUCAGCACGUCAGUCAUUACAGAUCAGGAAUGCAGUGGUUAGAGAAAACCUUUGGAAAACAAUGUUUUCCUUAUGUCAUCACAGUAGUGACUCAUAACCCACAUGAAAACUGUGAAAAUGCAAUUACAGAUCUAAAAACUUUCAGCAGUUUUUCAAAGGAAAGAUACCAAAAAUCAAAAAAGAGAAUGGAUGAAGAGGAAUUAGUAACUCUUUUGGAAAAAAUAGAUGUCAUGAUCUCUGAAAACAGACCCCCAUGCUGCAGUUUCCUGACAACUGACAUGAAAGAAGAGAAGAAGGAAAAGACAAAAUACAAUUCUCUCUGUGAGGAAGGAAUUGCCACAGGUCUUUUUGAUGAUGACAGAAGUGGAAAAACAACAAAGGGUCCAGAGGGUGCUGGAGUCUAUAAACCUAACGCAUGGUCAAGAUGGUUCUUUACACCCUGGAGUAAAAUAAAUAUUAUUUCUAUGUUUAAGUCUAAAUCGAAUGAGCAGUCGAGAAAUACUCCUGAAGAAAACUUUCAGAAGAAUCAUCAAAAUGAAGUUGAAGUCCUUUUCAGCAGGCUUCAGGAAAGACGAGAACAAAAGUUUUCAUCAGCAGAUUUUCUUAAAAUACAUCCUCCUUUGAAACAGAUCACUGACACACCAAAAAAAGAUGUAGCUCAAGCUUUUUUUCAGAGGUUGAUGACAUUAGAUUACAGAGCCAGAUCUAUCCCCGUUCAACCAGAUAGUUCUGAGGGAAACCAUUCACAGUCUGACUCAAUUUCUGAGAGUGAUAGCACUGAUGAUAAUGACUUAGAUGCUUUUUUUAGCACUAAUGUAGAUUCUAGUCAGUCCAAACAGGAUCAUGUUCACCCCAUGGACAUCCAGAUGGUUGUAUUUCACUGCUCAGACAGCUUCCUGAAGCAGAACAUGAUCACAAAGUUGUCACAGUGUCAGUACGCCUUACCUCUGCUUGUUCCUGAUCCUGCUGCAGCAGAGAUUGAGUGUCCUCUGUGGACGUUCAGACAAAUAAGAAAAACCUGGAAGAAAACUGAAAUCAGAGAUAAUUCAAAGAGUGUCACCAUCAAGAGUCUACCGAUCUGCAAAGCUGAAACUCCACUGGUGUCUUUCUUCCGUCUGGGUUCACUGUCUCAGUCUAAAUCUCAGCUCAUGAACACUUUGAUCAACGACCGUCACAACACCUUCUUCCACAGAAACUGUCCAGGAAGCACCAAAUCUCGUCAUUUGAUGGAUGGAGUUGUAGAGAUUGCCUGGUACUGUCCUGCUGGAAAAGACAAUGAUUCAUUCUCUGACUGCAUUGGCUUCUGUAAUCUUCAUGGUGAUUCUCUGUUGAUGGAAAAACAACGUGAAAUACUGACUGAAAUAUCUUCAGUCUUAGUUGUUCUGGUACCAGCUCUGGAAAAAGGUCAGGAAAGUUCUAAAGUCAUUUCCACUCUUAUCAGAUCUCCAAAUCCUCUGAUUGUUCUCACUGCUGAUAAUGACUGUGGUGCUGUUCAGAUAAAACCACAAAAAUACAAAGUGGGUCUGAAAGACAGAAGUCAGUCAGAUGUUUCUGAAGAACUCAGGAGAAUCAUUGGAAAGAUUUUGUCUGGAUCAAACAAAUCCUUCAGUCUUGAGUUGAUGUCCAACAUCUCUGGAGUCAGAGUGGAUGAAGACGACACAGUCUGUCAAAAUGGAAAAUCUGCUGCCAUGAACAUAGUGAAGGUGAUUCAGGACAUGGAUGUUUCCAGGAUCAAAGAUACUUUUCUUCCUUGUCAAGGUCAACUUUGGCAUGAGUGGUGCAGAACAAACAAAGAAAGAUUUCACCUCAGAGGAAACAUUGAGAAAGAAAAAAGUCAGAAAGAUCAACAACUGAUACAAAUCCGACAGAAACAAUGUGAUGCUUCCUGUAGUGAACUGAUGAAAUCAUUCACUGACAGCCUCAUGAGUUUGGAACAGAAAGACAAAGAAUACUUCCUGAAAUGGACUCAGAUCCUGAUAGAUGAACUCUCCUCAAAGGAUCUCUCUGCAAUUCUCCAAAACUAUGAUGAAAAGUGGUCGGAGGUUUUGACUUUAAAGAAGAAACAUGACAAAUCUGAUCAGUUAAAAGUCAAACAAACUGAGCUUGAACAAAUAUCACAGAAGCUGCAGGCAGCAACCUUUGGUUUGGAGCACAUCUUCAGAGAAAUGUCACAGAUCUAUGAAGCCCAUCAAUCUCUAAAGAGACAAACACACUGCAGACACACUGAAUGGGUUAAAUACCCUGAGCUGGCUGCAGAUCUGAUGAUAUCUGGACAUCCCAUGGAGUUGAUGGAUGGUGAUGCAGGUCACGUGCCUUUGACUUGGAUCUCUGGUCUUUUACAGGAAGUCAUCAAGAAACUGGGUGACCAGAGAGUUUUUGUGUUGUCAGUUUUGGGCGUUCAAAGCAGUGGAAAGUCAACAAUGCUGAAUACCAUGUUUGGACUGCACUUUGCUGUGAGUGCAGGCAGGUGCACCAAGGGUGCAUACAUGCAGCUGCUCAAAUUAUCAGAGGAAAUCAAGACAGACUUCAAGUUUGACUAUGUUCUAGUGGUGGACACUGAAGGACUGAGAGCUCUUGAGCUGGAAGGUCCCAACAUUCUUCACCACGACAAUGAACUGGCAACAUUUGUUGUUGGUUUAGGAAACAUAACACUGAUCAACAUCUUUGGUGAGAAUCCAGCUGAGAUGCAAGACAUCCUGCAGAUUGUAGUUCAGGCUUUCAUGAGGAUGAAGAAAGUUCAGCUUUCUCCAAGUUGUGUGUUUGUUCACCAGAAUGUUACAGAUAUCACAGCUGCAGAGAAAAACAUGGACGGAAAGAGACGACUGCAAGAAAAACUGGACAAGAUGGCUCAACUAGCUGCCAAAGAGGAAGGAUUUAAUGCUGAAUGUUUCAGUGAUGUUAUUGCAUUUGAUGUUCAAAAAGAUGUGAAAUACUUUGCUCAGCUGUGGGAGGGAAGUCCACCAAUGGCUCCUCCAAAUCCAGGUUACAGUGAGAGUGUCCAAGAACUGAAGAGCAUCAUCCUGUCUAAAGCUUCAGAGUCUGAUGGAAUCAAACUCUCACAUUUCAGCAGCAAAAUUCAGGACCUGUGGAACGCUCUGAUGAAUGAAAACUUUGUUUUCAGCUUCAAAAACACUCAAGAAAUCUCAGUGUACAGAAAACUGGAGAUCCAGUACGGAAACUGGACUUGGGCUCUGAGGAGUGAGAUGCUGACCAUUGAGAACAGACUUUAUCCACAAAUAAAAAAAGGAAAAUUUGAUGAGAUUGAACUCAGUGAUCUUUCUAAAGAAAUGAGCAAAACAUAUGAACAAAUAAAGACAGAAAUCACAAAAUACUUUGAGAAAGAUGCAGACAAAGAAAUAUUGGUUCAGUGGCGUGGACGAUUUGAAAACAAAAUCAAAGAGUUUCAUGAAGAACUUCUGACAGGAGUUAAAAGAAAACUGGAUGAAGUCAUUCAGCAGAAGAAAGCCUGUAAGAAGCUUGAUGAGAAGAAAACAGAUUUUGAGAACAAACUGCUGCAAAAAAGCAAAGAACUCGCUCAUGAGUUAAGAGAGAUCAUAAAAGAUGAAAAGGAACUCAGGAUGCAGUUUGACUUUGUUUGGAGUCACUGGAUUAAAGAAUCAACUUCAGAUACAAAACCCAUUGAGGACAUCAACCUGGAAGAAGAUCAGUUAACUGUCCUUAAAGAUCUUGGUUUUGAAUGGAAUCUAUGUCAUAAAUUGAAACACAGUAAGCAAUACAAAAACCUGCCAAAAACUGGGGAUUACUUUCAUUAUGUUCAUUUUAGGAAAUAUCAUACCAUUAAUGCUGCAUUGAAAUAUGUAGGAGUUAAACAUUGGUCACAUGAAGAUCAGGAACAGAUCAGAUCUUUUAUUAAAAAUGCUGAACAACAAUCACUGCAGAUCAUUCAGAGCAAACCUGUAGCAACAAGAGGAUACACAUCAACUUACCUCCAUGAAGUGGCUAAAAAUGUUCAAGAAAAUGUGACAGAAUUUGAAUCAAAGAGGAAAUUUACCCUUAAGAAGGAGUUCACAGUUGAGCUUCUGCUUUUCAUCUUCCAUCAAACUGCUGGCUGGAUUUUACAGUCUCACAAAUUUUACAAAGACAACAAUGAUGUUCUGACCUACCUAAACAGCAAGAAAAAUGAAUAUUUCAACAUUUUCACAAGUUUCUGUAAAGGAAGCUCGUCUGCUGUGGUGUUUGGAGAAAUGAUCUGUCAGAAACUGAAGGUCUCUGCUGUUGAGGCUGUCUGUAACCAGACUGCUGUUGACCUUGCUGGAGAACUCAGGUGUAAUGUCCCAGCAUUCAAUGGGAACAGGCUGAACCUGGAGAAACAUGUGUUGAAGGAUCUGGCAGAGAAAGAAGACUUCAACAAGUUCAUGACCUACAUCAGAGAUCCAAGGGAGCAAGUAGAGGAAUUUAUAAAAAUGCAAGUAUAUAUCUACAUGUUUAUUGAAAAUAACAACAAAGCUCUGAAAAUCCUUCAGAAAAAUGCAGACAACAUCCAGAAGUUCAUCAGUCAAACUUUAUUUGAAACAACAGAGAAUAUCAAAACUAAAAAAGGAGACAUUAACAUGUGGGUGAAGAAGUUCUCCAGUUCGCUGAGCUGUAAGUUGACAAUUGGUACCAUUUCCUGUCAGAACUUCAGAGACAUAAAAAACUUUGACUUUUUAAGUGAUGAGAUAGAAAAAGGUCUUCAAAUCAUCACUAAGGAGAUGAAGGAUCUCCCUCUGACUCAGGUGAUCAAUAACAGACAGAAACCUGAUAAAAUCCUCAUUGAUCAGCUGUGUAACUGCUGCUGGGAACGAUGUCCAUUCUGUGCAGCUGUUUGCACCAACACCAUCAAAGACCACAGUCCAGACAAACACAGUGUUCCUUUUCAUCGACCCUCUGGAGUUAAUGGAUGGCACUAUAGAGGCACAGUGGAGCUAAACAAUGAUUUCUGCACCACAUCAGUCACAAGUGAUCAAAGCUUCUAUCCCAGUCCUGAAUCAGAGAACACCAUUCCUUUUAAACUGUAUCAAACUGCAGGAGGAGAAUAUGCAUCAUGGAGCAUUACUGCAGAUGGAUCUAUGCUGCCAUACUGGAAAUGGUUUGUUUGUCGCUUUCAGAAGGAAAUAGAAGAUUAUUAUAAAAAGAAGUUUCAGGACCGUGGAGAGAUUCCAUCUGAAUGGAGAAAUUACAGUAAAGAAGAAGCUCUCAGAAGUCUGGAUGAAAUGUGCAGUUUGUGAGAAAAUUUCAAACAUUCAGGAGGUUUAAAGAUGUUCAUUUGAUCAUUUUCCACAAAGAAAUUUUCAUCUUUUACUCAAACUGAACAGGAAGAGAUUUUAAAAUAACAUCGGAAUCAAUGAAACAGAAUGGCAGCAAUUUUAUCUUUUAAUCAAUGUUUCAUGUAACUUUAAUAUAAUCUAUUAUCUAACAUUAGCUUGAAGAAUCUCUAAAAUAUUGAAGAGAAAAACAAAAAUGUUCCAAUUUACCGGUAUAUUUACUUUUGCAUGCUUUUUAUUUCCGCUUUUUGUCUUUGAUUUAGAGAGAUUUGAUUUAGAAAAAAUAAAUAAUUCAGUUUUGUAAUAAUCUGUUUAUGAAACAUUAUAUUUGCUUUUUGACCCAAAUUCACUUUGUUUUUUACAUAUCUGUUAUUCUUUCCUUUUAUUUAUGCAAAUUGAACAAAACAAAAAAAGAAAAUUCAAUGUGUCAAAAAAAUCAUCGUACUAAAAACAGAAACUCAGUAAUUCAUUCAUUUAUUCACUCAUUCCUUCAUUUUUAAAACCUAAACAGCAGCUGUUGGGCAAAUGCAGAGAAUAGAAAAAUGACUUGUUUGUAUAAAUGUGCUUUGAAACUUUGACUAUAACAAAAAAGAAAAUAAGGUCUGUUGUAUGUGAUCAUGUUACUCUGAAAUAUUACUUGUUAUCCUUUAAAAAACAUUGUUUUUGACUUAUAAUUACUAAUCUAUAUGUGAUAUGAUGUGAAAAUUAAACUUUUUGAAU